AUGUUGUCAGCCGGUAUAGGAGCACAGAGGUGGGCUAUUCCCUACGGAACGACGUGGUGUGGGCCUGGAAACAUUUCAAGAGCAUCAAACGUUGCCGAGGGUUACUUUAAGAAAAUCGACCGUUGUUGCAUGAUUCACGACCACUGCAACGACACGAUAGCCUCACUCAGCAUGAAAUAUAGCUACUUCAAUUUCAGGCCCUGGACAAUAAGCGACUGUGAAUGCGAUGAGGAAUUUCGUCUGUGUUUGCAAAAUUCAUACACACCGGAACAAAAAAUUAGUAAAAUGAUGGCUACACGAAUCGGUGAACUGUUUUUUAACAACCUGAACAACGUGUGUUUCCGUCCCCAGUACAACAAGGUGUGUGCGAGUUGGAACGAUGCUCACGACUGUACCAGCUAUAAGAUGAAAACAUACAUCAAGAUUUACGAUCUUGCUUUAUAUGAAUGA